CGACCGUAUCCCGGAGAUGGCGGACUACGGCGGUGGCGGCGGAUUGGCUCUCUCCCGGAGCUGCGGCGGGAGCCACACCCUCACGUUCCCACACCGCCGCUACACACACACUCGCCUGCAGAACAUCACACACCUCAUACAGGCCGAGGAGGAGGAGAGCAUCAGCACGCUGCGCAUACAGCCGGAGGAGGUGGAUAUUCUGGGGCUGGACGGUCACAUCUACAAGGGGCGUCUGAACACGCUGAACUCACGCCCCCUCAAGAGCGUCGACCAGAGACUCCCCGUCAUCAUCUCUAAAGAAGGUAAGGUGAAGCAGAAGUUAACGGUGUCUCCUAAGAAUGCUGGAGAUCUGGGCCGAGUGACCCCCGUUAGACCUCAGAGUGCCAAAACCCAACGCUGCCGCUCAGCCUCCAGCACCACUGCGAAGGACCGCCCCCUCUCCUCCAUUGGCUGCGUGUCCCGGGACACGGACCAACCGCAGCACACCCUGCAGCUGACCGUGGACCUCACCCAAUCAGAGGACGAGCCGGUGACAUCACUGUAGAGGCCCGGCCAAUCGGAUUUGCAGGAUUUUCUUAUCAUGAUAACUAUAAUAAAGAUGUUUACAGCAGUA